UAAAAAAAGGGAAGAAAAGUACAGAUGUGUGUGGUCAAUCACCUUUCUUUCUUUCCCAGCUAAAAUUGAAUUCCAAAAGUUUCUUUUUAAAAAAAUUACGCAGGCCUUUUCACCUUCAUCAUCAUCAUCGUCGUCGCCGUCUUCUUCUUCUUCUUCUUCUUCUUCUGAUCUUUUCCUUUCUCUCAGAAACCCAGGACACGCCCUUCAUUCAAACACGGGGAGAGAGAGAGGGGAGAGAGAGGGAGAGAGAAGAAAGAGACGAAAGCUUCCAUUGCUAAAUUCUAGGGCUUAUUUCUCUUUUUUCUCGUGUUUGUCUGUGUUUGGUCGAUCAAUUGAUUGAUUUUUCUGUUUGGCUAGUAAGAUAACCCUUUCCGUCGAAGAGGAUCGCAGAGAGGGAAGAGGAACACAAUAAAUUAGACGGUAGAAUGUCAGCAUUGCACUCUGCCGAUUCGUUUCUCUUAUCUCUCAGCAGAGCAUUUUGUAGUCCUCUUGCUGUUUUUAUUCAAAUCCAGGGAUGUGUAAUCUGCUUGACUCUUGCUAUUGGGUGGGCUUUUGCUGCCUAUGUCAGGAAAAGAGAGAUCAAUCGAAUAGAAGAUGGCAUAAAAGGUGGCAAUAGCUUUGCUUUUCUAUGCCAUGAUAUUUAUGAACUUGAGCACUCUAAUCAGGUCAAUCUACCACGGGUUUCGGUUGUGAUGCCUUUAAAGGGUUUUGGAGAGCAUAAUCUACACAAUUGGAAGAGUCAGAUCACAUCUCUUUAUGGUGGCCCAAUUGAGUUCCUUUUUGUGGUUGAAAGUACUGAAGACCCCGCUUACCAUGCUGUAUCUCAGUUAAUAACAGAAUUUAAGGGUGACGUGGAUGCAAGAGUCAUUGUAGCUGGUUUAUCAACAACCUGUAGUCAGAAAAUACAUAACCAGUUGGUUGGGGUGGAGAAUAUGCAUAAAGAUUCCAAGUACGUAUUAUUUUUGGAUGAUGAUGUUAGGUUCCACCCAGGAUCAAUUGGGGUCCUCACUACUGAAAUGGAAAAGAAUCCUGAGAUAUUUAUUCAAACUGGAUACCCUCUUGAUUUACCAUCUGGAACUUUAGGGAGUUACUGCAUCUACGAAUACCAUAUGCCAUGCUCAAUGGGAUUUGCUACUGGUGGGAAAACAUUUUUUCUUUGGGGAGGGUGCAUGAUGAUGCAUGCUGAUGAUUUUAGACAUGAUAACUAUGGUGUGGUCUCAGGACUUCGAGAUGGUGGAUACUCCGAUGAUAUGACUCUAGCUGCUAUAGCUGGAGCCCACAAGAGGCUUAUUACAUCUCCUCCAGUUGCUGUUUUCCCUCAUCCUAUUGCAAGUGAUCUUACUUUCUCAAGGUACUGGAAUUACUUGAGGAAGCAAACAUUUGUUUUGGAAUCAUAUAUAAGCACGGUUAAUUGGCUAAUGAAUAGAGCACUGUUUUUAACCCACUUCUAUCUGUCAUGGGGAUUUGUUGCACCGUACUUCAUGGCUAUGGUUCAUGUUGCAGCAGCACUACAAAUCUAUAUAAAAGGUUAUUCAUAUGGCGAAACAACCUGUACUUCUGGUGGAUUGUUAUUGGCAAUUUGGCUAGCUAUAUGUACCUUCACGGAGCUACUUUCUAUGUGGAACUUAACAAGGAUUGAAGUUCAACUAUGCAACAUUUUAUCUCCAGAGGCACCUAAGCUCUCACUUGAUUAUUACAACUGGAGCAUGAUUUUUGUUGCAAUGCUGGUUGAUAAUUUUCUAUACCCGAUCUCUGCAUUCUGGUCGCAUUUCUCUCAAACUAUAAAUUGGUCUGGUAUUCGAUAUAACUUGAAGAAUGGAAAGAUACACAAGAUUGAAAGGAACAAAGACAAGGGUCCAGAGUUCACAGACCUUGGAGGGAAGCAUUUAUAUGGAAAGAAAGCAGCCACUCCCAAAGCCUCACUCCUCGGCUCGUUGGGGAGAAGUUUGGCUCACUGGCAUCAACCUAAAAAAUAUGAUGUCUAAGACUCCAAGGAUAGGUAACAGAGGUUUGAUUAUUCGGUUAUUCCCUUAUUUGACUGACUUUUAGUGGUUAGGAUUGUAUUUUCUUUUCUCCCAUUUUUAUUCUCCAAUUCAAUCGAUUUAUUCUUAAUUUAUCAACCCAUCUCUGGGCUGGCCUUGUAAUUUGAAUUCAUUUCAUCCUGUAAUUUUAUAAAUCUUUUUAAUACACCGUUCAUAUUCAAAUGUGAGAAA